UUUCUACCAUGUUUGUCUUCUAAGACUUCUUUUAGAUCUCCAAACCUCCCAAGUUGAAAUCUUGAUGCGAUUUAAUGGCUUGUCUUCUGGUUUUGAACAUUGGUAACGUAUCAAGUUGACUUUUUGACGUUGUUUCUGAACUUCCAUGGCUGCCAAAAGCACCACCAUUUGAUCUGGAACUUGGUACAUGUAUCUGCUCGGAGAGAAGAUAUGGUGCCAAAAGGAGACGGAUUCGUACAUGCACGGACGGAUUCAUCCCGCCAUGUCUGCCUCACCAGCCUACUGACCUGAAUUUAUUUCCCUGCCCCUCGCCUUCUGCUCUCCCCUUGCAGCUUGCCGCUCCUCGCUUCCGAGACCUGCUCCUUCCUCCGCUCGCCCCUCCGAGACAAUAUCCGCCAUGGAAGCCGUCGCUGAUGAUGCCGCCAUGGACGCCGUCCAAAGGCGCCUUAUGUUCGAGGACGAAUGCAUUUUGGUGGAUGAGCAAGACAACGUCGUUGGACAUGAAUCUAAAUAUAACUGCCAUCUGAUGGAAAAUAUUGAGUCUCAGAAUGUGCUCCAUAGGGCUUUUAGUGUUUUUCUCUUCAACUCAAAGUAUGAGUUGCUACUUCAGCAAAGGUCUGCAACAAAAGUAACAUUUCCAUUGGUGUGGACAAACACCUGCUGCAGUCAUCCUCUUUAUCGGGAAUCCGAACUUGUCGAGGAGAACUUCUUAGGGGUCAGAAACGCUGCACAAAGGAAGCUAUUCGAUGAACUCGGAAUACCCGCGGAAGACUUGCCUGUCGAUCGAUUCACUCCUCUCGGUCGCAUGCUCUACAAGGCGCCAUCUGAUGGAAAAUGGGGGGAGCACGAGCUGGAUUACCUGGUCUUUGUGGUUGCUGAUGUGAAGCUGCUUCCCAACCGGGACGAAGUCGCGGAUGUCAAGUACGUCAACAGGGAGCAGCUGAAGGAGCUGCUGGAGAAAGCAGAUGCCAGCGAGGAGGGUGUUAAGCUUUCUCCCUGGUUUAGGCUGGUGGUCGAUAACUUUCUGAUGAAGUGGUGGGACUGCGUGGAGAGCGGCACUCUGCCGGAGGUAGCAGACAUGAAGACCAUUCAUAAACUGGUUUAGGAAUUGUUGGACGAUGUGAUGAUGAUCCUGCGGAAACUGAGGGAACUCUGAUAAAAUAGUGUUGACCAUGCGGAAGUAGUUUAUAAUAUAUAUCCUGCCCAUGCCGUUGACUGUGGACAGUUUAAUAUUAUCAAA